AUGGCUUCUCCUUUGCUUAAUCUUGGGGGCCCCAAAAUUAGCCGGAUCAUUGCUGAGACUGACAGCGGUCAGCUAAUAGAUGCAAAGUUCUCCCUUGAAAAAAGAAUGGACCUAAUCAAGGCCUUCAUUGUUAGAGGCAGAGAGAAAGCCGCUUUAAGGGAGAUCAUGGUUUACGUGAGAUUGUGCCCAUUAUCAAGCAAGCCAUCUGAACUUCUCAAUAUCGCAAGGCUACUAGUUCCUAUGGGUUUUAAGGAUUUAGCCAUCGUUUGCUAUAAAGAAGCACUGCACCAACUCAGGUCUAAUAAAGUUCUGCCGAUUGGGAUCGAUUCGAUCAUUCGUGCAAAUAUGGAGGCUCUUUACCGUCCGCAAGUUUAUGCCAGCAAUUCUGCCACAACAGUAGUAUCUACUUCUGAAUCAAUUGAACAAGAAACUGCAAAGUUACAAACAAUAAGAAGUAGAUUUACUAAUGAAACGGAAUUGGUCGAACGAUUUGCCAUUGCAUUAACCAAAGAAUUUGUGUCAGAUAAUGGCUAUGCAUUUAAUUUGGUUAAAGAGUCCAAAAAGAAAGCUGAGUUUCUUAAGGAGCUGAAAAGCGAAGAUCAUCCAUGCUCUUCAUUUCUUGAGAGGGAACUACAAAUAGGGAAACUAAUUGGGAGAGUGGCUAGUAACCCAGUAACAGCAAAAAUGUACAGAGAUAUUGUACGAUCAGACCUAUUGAAACACUGCCUCGAACUUCUAAGACAGAGCUUAUUGGUUAAACCAAGUGAUCUAGAAUUACCAUUAACAGCAGAAAAGUUGAUUCUUAAGUUUAGUCGGCACUAUCGCAACCAGCCAAUGGAAAGUCCAGGCUCUCACUUUGCCUCUGUAUUUAUUCUUGGAGCACAAACUUCGUUUAUUGAAGCAUUGUUGGAGUUUCAUAGAGGACGCAGCAGUCAGGCACUCAAUCUGUUUGAUAUGUUGAUAUCAAGCUGUCUGGCGUGCCAUUCCUUUUGCUAUAAAUCUAGAGAAAGAGCCCGAAAUUUAUUAGAUUCAGACUCCCAGAGCAGAAUGCAAAAUACUGUAGUGGAAAUCGGAGCCUCUUCUACUUGUUAUGCUGUGGCCUGCUUAUUGAGAAAGAUUGAUACUAGUAAUAAAAUACAGAGCUUGAAGAAAGAGGUAUCCAUGAUUGAUCGGAUUAAGAAAGCUCUAGUGACUUUCCAGUACACAGGACAAACACUUCAGAUUUCUCUUGAUAACGUUGAACUAAAUACCGCAUUAGGAAGAAUGGAGGAAAUGUUGGCUAUUAUUAAUGCCACAAAAAUUUCAGUCAAAGCAAGAACAAUUUUAAAGCUUGAAGAUAGCUUAUUGGAGAGUAUGAUGAAGUAUUACAUUAAAGCGCUAAAUAUAAUCGAAAUGGACAAUCCAAUGAGGCCCCGGUUAUAUGACAAAUUGAUCUGGGGAAUUUUAGCACACGGAGGAUUAGAAUUAAAAGCUUUCUGGAAAUUACGAUAUCUGAGAGAUAUGGCUUACUUACAAAGUGACUGUUCUUUAGUGAGCAUCGAGGAUCAACUUUGGUUCAACGACGAUUUCUACUUUUUGGAAGACGGCAUUAAUAAUGGCUUUCAUGCCAUUAGUGAUAAGAUCUAUUAUCAGAGAUAUCAGAUGAAAGGAGAGAAAUUUCCAUUGACGUUACAAUUAGGAAAAUAUUUUGUUCCCGAAUGCUUCUUUGACCAACAAUUCAAUUUGGUUAGCGCUGAAGCUUACAUUGACAUGGAAGAACAUGGACGGGAUUUUGUAGUAGCAAAGACAUUGGAUAUCAACAGAGGAAUUCUAAAAUCUGUUUCUAGGAGUACGUUGAAAAAAAAUUCGAAGUUUACCAAAAGAAUCUUGAGUCAGGUGAAGUUAGAAGAAGACAAGCUAAAUAUUCCCCAGUAUUUACAGUAA